UUCAAUUGGGGCUUCUUACAGUUUCAGAGGUUAGACCGUUAUCAUCAUGGUGGGGAACUUGGCAGCACAGAAGCAGACAUGGUGCUGGAGAAGCAGCUAAGAGUUCUACAUCCUCAUCCACAGAUGUCAGUCCCACCGUGGCCAGACAGGAGGAAAGAUGAGGAUCAAAGUAUGGGGUCUGCUUACUUAUCCACAGAAGACCAGGAACAAAGUUCCCACAGAGUAUUUUCAACUGAAAGAUACUAUGACACAAUGCCAAAAGAAGAAGAAGAAGAAGAAGAAGAAGAAGAAGAAGAAGAAGAAGAAGAAGAAGAAGAAGAAGAAGAAGAAGAAGAAGAAGAAGAAGAAGAAGAAGAAGAAGAAGGAGAAGAAGAAGAAGAAGGAGAAGAAAAAUACAAAUGAAAGUUUUCAGGUCUAAAUCUUUAAAACUAUCCCCAUCUAUAAAAAGGUUUUGUUAUAUGCAUUUGGCAAUUAAAAUUUAACUCUAUGGAAA